CUCCGUCUGCGCCUUCUGCAGGUCCACGCCAUAGACGACGACCUGGACCGCAACGGCCUCAUCAAAUACUCCGUCAGCGACCCCGACCACUUCUUCAUAGACGAGGGGGGCGUCCUGUACAACAUCAAGCCCCUGGACUUCGAGCACACCAACGGCGAGUACCUCCUGCAGGUCACGGCCGAGGAUCAAGCCCCCACAAGAUCCGAGAGGAAGAAGGACGUCGCGCCAAUCACCAUCAGGGUCCUCAAUGAGCCAGACGCGCCGGAGUUCGAUUCCAUGGAGUACAAAUUUUCCGUGUCGGAGUUCGCGAGCACCGGCGCGUACGUGGGGACGGUCGUGGCGCGAGACGAGGACGGCGACUUCGCUAGCUACGCCCUGGAGGGUGUGGUUCCUCCGGACAUGUUCCAAGUCGACGCGACAACGGGCAUCAUCCGCGUGGGUCGAGACACCUUCGGAGACGUGUGGACUUUUGACUUCCUGGCGGUGGCGGUCGACCUGCUGGGUCAGAGCAACCAAGUGCCGGUCAAAGUCGAGGUCAUAGACGAGAACACGAACAAGCCGGUGUUCAGAGAGUGCAACGACUACGACCAGAAGAGUAUUCGGGAGAACAUGGCGGCGGGGACGUCCGUUCUGAUCGUGGUCGCGGAGGACGACGACCACGGAGUCAACGGCGAGGUCACCUACUCCUUCCGGAACGACUACGACAGCUUCGCCAUCAAGACCUCGCUCGGCCAAGGCUACAUCUCCACCACGCAGCCGCUGGACCGAGACGACGGCGAGAAGGAAUACUACAUGACGGUGAUCGCUCGCGACGGCGCCCAGACCGACUGGCUGCUGGGCGCCUGCUCCUUCAGGAUCAUCGUCGAGGACGAGAACGACAACCCGCCCAUCUUCGACCAGGCGAGUUACAUGUACAAGCUGCCGACGGACAGGCAGGUCGGGACGGAGAUCCUGCGCGUCACGGCCACGGACAAGGACGCCGGGCUGAACGCGGACGUCGUGUACGGCCUGGAGGGCGAUGCGACCGACCUCGAGUUCUUUCAGGUCGACCCCGACACCGGCAUCAUCUCGCUCAGGAAGAAGCUCACCGACGAUAUGGCGGACCACAAGACCUUCUCGCUGACGGCGCGGGCGGAGGACAAGGGCGCGCCGCCCAUGUCCUCGACGGCGCCCGUGACCCUCGACGUGGUGGCCUCGGGCAAGCAGCCGCCCUCCAUCGUCACCCAGAGCCCCGCCAGCCCGCGCAUCGACGAGGACGCGCAGGAGAACAGCGAAGUGGUCUACGUCUGCGCCACCUCGAACAUCCCGCGCAGCCCCAACGUGUACUUCACCCUCCUGAACGGCAACACGAGAGACACCAACGACGACGGGUCCUUCGACGUCAGGCCGAUGGAGGACGGGGACACGAGGUGCCCCCCCGACACGAAGGGCGCCUCCAUCUACGUCGCCCUCAGGAACCUGGACUAUGAAGCCAUCAGGUCAUACAAGCUCAUCCUGCAACUUGUGAACGACGAGAACUCCCGCACCGACGAGCAGAUCCUGGUGCAGAUUAAUGACGUGAACGACAACCCGCCGCUGCUGCAGCCCUUCGACGGCGCCGUGGUGGAGAACGCGGAGCCCGUCCUCAUCACCACCAUCCAGGCCGUCGACAAGGACGCUUCGGAGCAGUACAGAAACCUCGUGUUCACCUUCGACGAGGAGGCCGUGACGCAGGAUGUCAGAGAUAAGUUCCGGCUGAGGACCAACGGCGAACUCAGCACCCUGAUGAAGCUGGACCGGGAAAACGCGUCGCAGUACCGGGUUCCUGUCAUGGUCACCGACGGAGAGCCCAGCCAUGUCCGCCGCCGCACGUACUGGAUCACGGUGCAGGACGUGAACGACGAGCCUCCCCGCUUCAACGCCAGCAGCGUGCUCGAGGUGGAGCUUCCGGAGCGCACGGACGUCGGCAAGGACACGGGCAUCAAGCUGGUCGUCCUCGAUCCCGAUGUCGUCAACCACAACGAGUUCCAGAUCGUGGAAGGCAACGAUUACCAGAAAUUCCGGAUCGACGCGACAACCGGCGACGUGUUGGUCAACCAGCCUCUGGAUUACGACUUCCCGACCAACGACAGGAAUUUCACGAUGAAGGUGCGUCUGUCCGACGGCGCCAACCAGCCCGCAGAGACGGUCAUCACGAUCGCCGUCACCAACGACAACGACCAGCAGCCCGUCUUCCAACCUAGCAACUACAACUUCACCGUUACCGAGAACGUCAACUGCAGCAUCCAGAUCGGGAAGGUGACAGCCCUUGACCCCGACCUGCCGAGCACCGCCGACCAGAAUAUCCAGUACUUCUUGUCGACCGAAGACGAAAGGAACUUCACCAUCGCGGAGAAAACGGGAGACCUCACUCUCAAGGGCUGCUUGGAUCGCGAGGCCGCCAACCGAGGGACGAUGACUCUCUAUCCCUACGCCAUGGACGAAGGCGGGAACGGCCUGGACGCCAUCCCCGCCACGGUCAUCAUCAACAUCAACGACGUGAACGAUAACCAUCCUUAUAUUCAGAGUCCGGACAACAGCUACGCCGUCCUGAUGGAGAACCAGGAGCCAAACAGCCCGGGGCACAGGGUGGUGAUCCAGCUGGACGACUGGGACAGCGACGAGAACGGCUGCCCCUGUACCCUCGCCUUCGACCAGAACACGCCUGCGGAUAUUAUGCAGAAGUUCGACGUCACGGGAGGAACCAACUCCCAGUACGAGCUGCGGCCCAAAGUGGUCCUGGACCGCGAGCAGCAGAAGGUCUACCGCAUCCCGUUCCGCACGAAGGACCGCUGGGGGGUGGCGGGCACGCGCGUCCUCUCCCUCGAGGUCGGCGACGAGAACGACUCCCCGAUGACGGACGGAGAGAGCGCCAUCAACGUCUAUAAUUAUCAGGGCCAGUUUCCAGACAUCGUGAUCGGCUCCGUUUACGUCACCGACCUCGACGACUAUGACGUCACCGACAAGAUCUUCGAGCUGGACCCUUCCUCGCCCUCGGACGGAACGUACUUCGAGGUCAACCUCAACACGGGCAACAUCACCAUGAAGAAGGGCACGCCGGAGGGCACGCACACGCUCAGGGUCAAGGUGACCGACACCUUCCGCGACGAGACGGCCAUCGGCACGGUCAACAUCCACGUGGUCGACCUGACGGAGGAAGCGGUCAUGCAGUCGGGGUCCUUCCGCGUCGCCAACCACACCGCCCACGACAUCGUCAAACAGAGUGAGUCCGGUGGCGCCAGUCUGUACGCCCGCCUCCGUGAGCGCAUCGGCCGAGUGCAUGGCAUCCCCGCCGAGAACGUGGACGUGUUCGGCCUGAAGGACGUGGCGGAGGGCGUGGACGUGCGCUACAACUGCCACAGUUCGCCCUACUACACAGCGGCGCGUCUGGAUGGGCUCAUGCUGGCGUCGCGGGAGGAGAUAAUGGCCGACCUGGGCAUCAGCAUCCCGCUGGUGGACAUCAACAGCUGCCUGUACGAGUCGCUGUCGCCGUGCCAGGAGAAGUCGUGCCAGCACACCCUGCGCCCGAACCUGACGUCCCCGCUGGUCGUGGCGUCCGACGUCACCACGAUGGUGGGGGUGGACAUCGCCGACGACUACACGUGCGACUGCGGCGCCCUGGAGCCCCCGCACACGGUAUGCCACGACGGCUUCUGCCUCAACGGCGGCACCUGCGUCGAGGCCAACCAGACGCUGGUGUGCGAGUGCCCCGACAGCGCCAACUACGGGCCGCGCUGCGAGCUCACCAACGCGCGCUUCGAGAUGGGCUUCGCGUGGUACGAGGCGCCCAAGGUGUGCGACAACUCGUCCUUCUCCAUGAGCUUCGAGACGCGCGACCCCGACGGCCUGCUGCUCUACGCUGGCCCCAUGCUGACCAGGCCGUGGCAGGACUACCCGAAGGACUUCGUCUACGUGGUGCUCAGGAACUGGGUCCUGGAGGCGUACCUCGACCUCGGCUCGGGCACCGUCGGGAUGAAGGUCAACCUCGAGCAGAACAGCAAGCGCUCGUUCGACUUCUUCCUCUCGUGGACCGACGACGGCAUCAGCCUCGAGGUACCCAACUGCCUCGGCAACAGCAGCUCCUCCGCGACCGCCUGCAAGAAGACCACGCCCCUGCCCGGCACCAUCAGCCCCAGCGUGCUGCUCAACACGCCGGGGCCCUUGCAGCUGGGGGGCGUGGUGGACACCAUGCCGUCCUUCGAGGAACUGGCCUCCUCCUACGAGUGGACGAUCGUGCCGCCCGUCGUGCAGCCCAUCUUCGGCUGCGUCCUCGAGGUCCGCUACAACGACUACCUCUACGACCUCAACUCCACCGACUACACCCGAUCGACGUACCUGCCCUGCAACGCCCCCACGCCCGCGAAGGUCAUCCUGGGCCAGCAGUCGAUCAUCAUCAUCGUGGUCAGCCUGUCGUGCCUCAUACUGCUCGUUCUCCUGAUCCUGUGCCUGGCGCGCCGGGGCAAGAAGACGAUAUCCCACCCCGAGCUGGACGGCAUCGUGAAGGAGACUAUCGGUGGCACUGACCUCGAGGGCUACGGAGAGAAGGACAUGACCCAGUAUGACCUCAAGCUGCUGAGGGUCGGACCGGAUGGUCACCUGUUCAAUGACGAGGACCGCCGCCGCCCUCCUGACGUGGUGGACGACCGCCGGCAGGAGCGAAUGGCCCCCUUGGCUCAGAUGCCCGAUGGACUUAGCAUCGGCGAUUUCAUCAACGACAACAUCAAAAAGGUGGACAAGGAGCCGACUGACUUCGACGAUGUUCGCCAUUACUGCUUCGAGGGAGAUGAGAUGUCUAUCGCCUCCCUGUCUUCCAUCGACUCCAGCGGCUCCACGGACAGCGGCAGCCAGGCCUUCGACUACGCCAACGACUGGGGUCCCCGCUUCGAGAAGCUCAACCAGAUCUACCGCCGCGACUCUGACGAGGAGGAGGACAGCGAGUUCGACUUCAACAUCCCGAAGGGGCGCAAGAGGGACACGCUCCCCGGCGGGAAGCCCAAGGGCCCCCCCGCCGCUCAGUCCCCUGCUGACGGCGCCCCCGGCCUCUCCUCUGGCGACGCUCAACGGCCGGGGCGCCCUCGCGACGGGCCCUCGGUCACCUUCGCCACGCCGGAGACGCAGGGCAGCCGGGAGGGCCUGCUGCCGGAGUCGCCGCAGCGCCGGGACUACCACGAGGCCGUCAACCCCAUGGCGGACCUGGACGAGAUGGAGGGCGCUGAGUCCUGGUGCUAGGGACGGCGCGGUCGGGCAGGCGGUCGGGUCGGGUCGGGUCGGGGGCAGGUCGAAUCGGAGGGAAUGAAGCAAAAAAAGGAAGAGUAUCGGCGUUAAAUAACAGGAAGACCAGGUGUGUGUAGUAUGUUCUAAAGUCGCCUCGAGCAUCGAAGGGGAUUCUGCAUUUAGAGUUCGAAGUCACGUCAGAGAGAAAAGAAAGAAAGAAAAAAAAAAGUUUAUAAGUCGCUAAUGUUCUGGAAACUUACGUGUGCCCCUUGUGUGACGCGGGAAAUUAUUACCUAUAUCAUGGCUUCCCUUCAAAACAAAAAAGAAAGAGA